AUGCCCGCGGGCAUUGGCGGUGGCAUCCUCUUCGUACCGGUACUGCGUCUUAUUGGUGGGUUGUCUCAAAAGGAGUCCUCCUCAUUGAGUCAAGCACUGGUAGCGGCAUCGGCGUUAGCUGCGAACCUUUUCAACUUUUACGCACAGUAUCGCGCGAAGAAUGAACCCAAGGCUCUUAUCGUGUGGCCAUUUGUUAUUCUCAUGCUGCCAUGUGCGGUAGUGGGCUCCCUCAUUGGCAUCUACCUCUACUCCUGGCUUCCUUCUCUCCUACAACUCAUCCUCUACUUCAUCGUAGCGUGCUUUGGUAGUCUAGCGGCUUAUCGGAAAGGCUACAAGCUUUGGAAAGCGGAGACUGAUGCCAAGGAAUCGGCAAUCCGGGAAUUCGACUCGACUACGACUGUCACGUGUAGUCCCUCAGUGGAACCCGAGGAAGUUUAUCAUUUAUGUGGUUGUGACUGUGGUGGUAUGGGCCGUAUGUCUCGUAUUCCCCCCAUUACGUGGCUCUUCAUCAAGCGAAAGUGUGGUCGGAGUCCCUUACUGUGA